AUACUCUCCUCACUCUAUAAAUACUCCUCCCCCUCCCCAACCUCCAUCUCUCACUCUGUUUUUAAGCUUUCUUCCAAUUUUCGAAUCACUGAAUAUUAAUUAAUAAGGAACUCAUACAUCUCUCUAAUGGCUACAGCUACACUCAGUCCUGCUGAUUCCGAAAAGCUCACCAACCUGAAAUCUGCCGUUGCCAGCCUUAACCAAAUCAGUGAUAAUGAGAAAUCGGGAUUUAUUAACCUUGUCACUCGCUAUCUAAGUGGCGAGGCUCAACAUGUUGAGUGGAGUAAGAUCCAGACGCCAACCGAUGACGUGGUGGUGCCUUAUGACAAGUUAGCACCUCUCUCUGAAGAUCCUGCAGAAACGAAGAAGCUCUUAGACAAACUUGUUGUCCUAAAGCUCAAUGGAGGCUUGGGAACGACAAUGGGGUGCACUGGUCCAAAAUCAGUUAUUGAAGUUCGUAAUGGUUUGACAUUCCUCGACUUGAUUGUCAGACAAAUUGAGGCUCUCAAUACCAAGUAUGGAUGCAGCGUUCCCUUGCUUUUGAUGAAUUCGUUCAACACCCAUGAUGAUACACUGAAGAUCGUACAAAAAUAUUCAAACUCAAACAUUGAGAUUCACACAUUCAAUCAGAGCCAGUACCCUCGUUUGGUUGUUGAAGACUUUGCUCCACUUCCUUGCAAAGGCAAUGCUGGCAAAGAUGGAUGGAACCCCCCAGGUCAUGGUGAUGUUUUCCCUGCUUUGAUGAAUAGUGGCAAGCUUGAUGCACUUAUAUCAAAGGGAAAGGAAUACGUCUUUGUUGCCAAUUCAGAUAACUUGGGCGCUGUGGUUGAUUUGAAAAUCCUAAAUCAUCUGAUCCAGAACAAGAACGAGUACUGCAUGGAGGUGACGCCAAAAACAUUAGCUGAUGUCAAAGGUGGCACCCUAAUCUCGUACGAAGGAAAAGUACAGCUUUUGGAGAUAGCACAAGUUCCUGAUCAACAUGUCAAUGAAUUCAAGUCAAUAGAAAAGUUCAAAAUUUUUAACACCAACAACUUGUGGGUGAAUCUAAAAGCUAUUAAAAGACUUGUAGAAGCAGAUGCACUCAAGAUGGAGAUAAUUCCAAACCCCAAGGAAGUGGAUGGGAUUAAAGUUCUUCAACUUGAAACUGCUGCUGGUGCUGCAAUUAGGUUCUUUGAUCGGGCUAUUGGAGCUAAUGUUCCUAGGUCUCGUUUCCUACCAGUGAAAGCAAGUUCAGAUCUGCUUCUUGUCCAGUCUGAUCUUUACACCUUGACUGAUGAUGGCUAUGUCAUUCGGAAUCCAGCCAGAACAAAUCCUUCUAACCCUUCUAUUGAGUUGGGACCUGAAUUCAAGAAGGUUGCCAAUUUCUUAAGUCGUUUCAAGUCAAUUCCCAGCAUUAUUGAACUAGAUAGCUUGAAGGUCACGGGUGACGUAUAUUUUGGAGCUGGCAUUACUCUGAAGGGAAAAGUGAAUGUCACUGCUAAAUCCGGAGUGAAGUUGGAAAUUCCAGAUGGAGCUGUGAUUGCAAAUAAGGAUGUCAAUGGUCCUGAGGACAUAUAGGAGAGUUGCUGGUCAUGUUAAACAACAUAGUAUGAAUCAAAGAAGCAAGGAGUACUUUUUGGUUGCAGUUUAUGUAGAAUUGUCACAUUAGGAAAAUAAAUUGAACAGUUUUGUUUUGCUACCGGAAUCGAUGUAAGAGUUAAAAUGCCUACAGGCUACGUAUUGAGUAUCCAUUGCAUUUUUCUGUAGUUUAUUACUUGGUUUUCAUUUAAAUCGAUGUGCCGAAGCCAUAUCAAUGAGCUAAUAUCUUUCCUUGAGAAGUUUAGUCUCUGUUUUUGCAGAGUCUAAAAUUCUUUGA